AUUACUUUGGUUUAUAUUCACUUCAGAGAUUUAUAAAAGACAAUGCUAUUGGUCAAUUGAGUUAAUUCAGGUUAAACACUAAAACAAAGAAAUGUUUUGUGAGUGUGUGUGUUCCAAAACACUUAAAAACGCAAUCUAAAACAUGGACUACGCAGUGAAAGAGUGCUUUAUUCUGAAGGGAUUACGUCUCGUUUCCGGUGCCGCUUUCUGGUCCUCUGUGGUGCAUCUCUCAGCUGCUAAUGCUACGGCUGUAAACCAGCUUUUAUUUACGGUCUGUGGCUCUUGCUGAAGCCGUUCAGGAUGCCUCUCGGAUCCAACAAGUUAAGUGCUAACGACCAAACAGCACGGGGCAGGUUUUCUCAGUGUAACGUGUUAUUAACUCCUCCUCUACGAGUUUGCGAGAAUUUAUUUACGAACAUGUAAACAUCCCAUCCAUCCAAUGAUGAGUUAAACUCGCAUUGAUUGCCAUGUUUUUGAAAGUUAUGAAAAAUGAAUAAAGAAUAGUAUGUUUUUAUGUGAAAGGGCUAAUAUAACAACACAUGACAUCAUUUGAACUCAAACAAAAUUAAACUAAAACAAAUGUCAUUUUUAUAAACAAUGUCAAAAAACAUAAUUGCAUUUCUUUGCCUGGAUAGCUGAAAGGCAAUAGCAGGCUCUGGCAUACCAAACAUGCUCAUGUAUCUAUUUUUACCAGUUUGUUAGACUGUUUGACUAUGAGCAGUUUGUUUUGAAUGUGGUUUCUUAAUGUAGGCAUAUAUAGCCCUUACCUCAUUGGAGUCGUUUUGCACUGUAGCAGAAUCUGUAUCCAAGUCUCAAAGAACAACACUAAGCAGUGUGAUUGUGGUGUGUUUUGUGAGAGAAGGGUGAUUUGCUAGGGGGUCUCAAACUACCGCGGCGUGAAAUGGAAAUCUAUAUAUUUAUGACCUAUGAAAGUAUUUUCUAUUUAAUUACUGCCCUGAACACCAACUCCCUCUCGUAAGAAAGCAGAUAUUACAGCAUUGGCCACCAGAGGGAGCCCGAGGACUGCUUGUCCUCUGGGUUGUGAUGCGUUCAAUUGCAGUACCUGGUGUCGACGCUAGUGGGCGACAUGCCUCAAUGAAAGGGAACCGAACGUUUGUUUUGAACAAAUACACACACACACAGACGAUGCUUCAGCAGCUGUCGCAAGGUUGUGUACUGCAUACAAAUGAGGGCAUUGAUCGCUCCCCUUACCGUACUGUUGUUGUGUUUAAUCGGCUGGACUAGUGUACUAACGUCCAGCUGCUGCCAGGCUAGGUCAUUGUGCCACCAUUACACCCAUAUUGUAUUUGUCUAAAAAGUAGAACACACUGUACACGACAAUAUUAUUAUUAUUGACGACUACAUGAUACUGAAUGCACAAUAAGAACGGUGAGGUUGGGUUUCUGUAGCAACAGAAUCCCACUUGAAACAAAACAAUUAGGCUACAAUAUGUGUAUGUUGUGUAAUGGGUUAUGGGCGGUUGUAAUGCGGUCAAGAGCGCCCUUAAUAUGUCAAUUAGAUCCAAAAAAAAGAAGACGUUUCGUCUUCGUUGUACUUCUUUAAGAGUACAACAUGGACACACUACUCCCACAUAUACAAAGCCUCGAGCAGUGGUGUGGUUAAAACCACGAGGUCCGCAGUGCUCCGCCAUCCUCUUGUUGUUUUUGUUGUCAUCCCUAAGGCCCGCCAAAACCCGGGCUUUUCCCGCACAUCGGGAUGAGUUCGCGUGGCUUUUUCAGACAACGUGCCGCAGUUAAAGCUUAACGCGGCGUAACCAUGUCAGUAGAACGAGCCACGCUGAUGUCAGAGAUUUGCUCCCCUGCUCUCCGUGGUGGGAGGAUCUCUGGUGCGUUGAGUCACGCAGCUGUCAAAGAUAGCUGUCACCCAGUUUCAGGAUCAAACACACACACAGUCAAUGAGGAAAGGGCUUUGAGCAGAAGGGACGCAGAGGUCUCAGGUAGCCCCCCCACCCCCUCAGCGAGGCUUCGACUAAAGGACGAAAAGACGAGAUUAAUAAUUAGGUGGAGAAAGGCAGAAAAAAAAUUCCCAAAACGGACAAGUAACGACUUUUGAUGAAUAAGGAUUUUUGCACCCAAGCGGAGGGGGGAUAUCCAGAGAGAAGAAGGCAAAGAGCACGACAACAAAUUUUCCUCUCCGCUUGACGAACAACCGGUGGGCAUUUUCGGACGGAGAUGAAGACGAAAAAGGGUCUGAUGAUGCUGUCGGGGAGCGAGACCGACGACGAGGACAGUGUGGACACCCCCCUGGAUCUGUCCAGCGCGGGGAGCAACGGAAAGAGGAAACGGCGAGGGAACCUGCCCAAAGAGUCUGUUCAGAUCCUCAGGGACUGGCUGUAUGAACACCGUUACAACGCUUACCCCUCUGAACAAGAGAAAGCCCUUCUUUCCAAGCAGACUCAGCUCUCUACAUUGCAGGUGUGCAACUGGUUCAUAAACGCAAGGCGGCGACUGCUCCCAGAGAUGCUGAGGAAAGAUGGCAAAGACCCCAACCAGUUCACCAUCUCCAGGAAAGGGAGCAAGGCCGGCGAAAGCUUCUCUGACAGCUCGCAGUCCCCGAAACACAGCAGUCCGGCUGCGGGCGCCGACGAGAGCUGCGACAGACGCGCGCUCCACCCGUCCAGCUUUGAGCCCGCCGUGCACGGCGUCCUGAGGAAGGCCGCGUCGCCCUCCCUACCCUCGCCGACAUCCACGUCGCCCUCUCCGGGGCCCGUGCCCACGCGGCCAUCUGUCAUCUGUCACACCACUGUCAGCGCGGCCAUGCAGGCCAGCCCGACAGCCUCUCAGCCGCCAGUGCCAGGAAUGAACUGCGACAGGGCAGCGGAGCUGCUGCAGUCCGUGCAGGCCCAGGCUCUGCUCAGGUGCCGGGAAGAGGGGCGAGGCAGCCAGCUGCUCCCCACCACCACCACCACCACCAUCCUGGGCGGCAGCAGCAUGGAGGGCAACCUGAGCCCCCGCAGCGGCCUGUUCAACACUCCACCUCCCACUCCUCCAGACCUCACACAAGACUUCAGCGGCUUCCAGCUCCUGGUGGAUGUGGCCCUCAAACGGGCCGCUGAGAUGGAGCUGCAGGCCAAACAGCUGGUUUCCUAAAGGAGAAACUGACAGGAGAGGAGGGAACAGAGACUGACUUUUUGUCUCAACUGUGGAAUUCUUCAGUUCGGUGACUCAUCUGCACGUAACAGAGAACAAAUCCACAUGAAAGCCUGAUCAUUUCUAUUUUUGGUAUACCAAUCAAUAUGAUGAGGAUGUUUUUUAAUUGAAAAAAAAACUGUAUCAAGGUGCCUUGGCUGUAAGUUGUUUAGUCAUUUCAUAUACAUGCGUAUGUAUCUACAUGUGUAUUUUAUUUGCACACAGGGACCAAAAAUUAUCAAAGAAAUGCUGCCUGUCUUUACGUCUUUCCAAUGUACUGAAUAUCAUUCUAGGGAACUGAGCAAGAGCUAGAUUUGGUCAAACGAAUGGGUCACAUUCCCAGGUUUCUCUGGUUUAACAUUUCAAAGAUGAGUUCAUGAUUGGUCUGCCUCAUUUGUUUGCACACUAAAGGCAGCAGAAGGUCAUCUCAGUGUCUUAAACAUACUUUGCUCCUGAUAUCAACAACAAACUUAUUCACUACUGUAGUAAACAUUUAAGUGUUUUCAUGAGUAUAGUUUUGAUUUUGUAAUUUACUUUUAGCUGUUUUAAAAGGAGAAAAAAAAAGUUUUUCUUUUUACUGUUAUUUUCCCACCAAGGGAUUCUUCAGAUGACCAAUGUAGCAGGUUCUUAGACUUGAGCCUUUCACCCCUUCACUCAGCGAAAAUGACGGCCAGUGGACUGGAAAAUGAAACACUACAAAUGUCUUUCUCUGCAUCGGCUGUUUUACACUUGACAUAGACAGCUUUUUUUUAAAUCACCAAAAACAAGCAUUUUCAUGUAUAAUAGGACCAUGUGUAUAGUCAGUGUGACACGAUGCCCAAUGAUGUGAUUUCUUUUCAUACUGUGCAAUGUUUGUGGCAAAUAGGGGUCACAUGGGAUUCAAAUAAAGUUUUGUUUUUUUCUACAUGUCAUUGUUAGUCAUUUUAUUGACAUUUUUAUCCCACAUACCCAGCCAGUAUUAUUGUAUAUGCCCCUUAACUUUGUGAAGAUUACAACCUUAUCCCUAAGGAUAAAUGGAGAGUCUUUAGAUGGACUGUUCAGUAAGUUAAAACACACAGAAGCACAGGAGCAGUAUGGCACUCAUGUCUCUCCACAGGCAUUCAGAAGCAUUCCUGGGUGUGAAAGGUUUACAACAGCUCCUGCAAAUUAGCAUAAUCCUGCAUAAAUUAACACAGGGAAAUGGCAGACGUCAACCGUUUUGUGCCAGUGGGGGUUGAUGUUUGUCUACAUCUCAAUGGCCUAGAACAGAGGCUGGAGGCGAGGCGGACAGCUGUUCCAUUCUGGUCCCGCUGCCGUCUUAGAGAUUCUCUACCGGCCUCAGCAGCACUUCUUUCAUUUGCAGACUGGCGCUCUUUCAUUUAUUGAAUUGUUUUCUCAGCUAAACAUAAAAAAACAAAUCUAUUUCUCUUGGAAGUUAUUUGCUGAUGUUCGUUGAUCAUUUCG